GUAACAAUCGUAUAGGCAAUUUUAAAUUUAUCAAUGUUGAAUUAUUAUCAGAGCGAUCAGUUAGAUCUAGGCACGAUAUGAAAUGGUUAAAAAACGCUCGAGGUAAAUUAUGUUCUGUGGAAGAUUUGCUAAUUAAAAUUGGAAUGCAUGAACAUAUAUCCGUAUUUGUGUUAAAUGGUUAUGAAGAUCUAGAAUUGUUUAAAGAAAUUGAGCCAGCUGAUUUGGAUUACUUAGGAAUUAUUAAUCCUGAUCAUCGAGCCAAAAUUUUAUCGGCAGUUCAACUGCUACACGAUUUAGAUUCUGGCAGUGAAGGAGAUAUAGCUGGUUCAAGUAGUGAAGGGGACGAUCAUACACGAGGUUUGAACUUAGGCAUAACAGGCAAUUGUUCUCCGUUUGGAAGACGACAAUUUCCUCGAGAUUCAGGCUGUUAUGAUGCCUCAAUGAAAAGCACACGAAUACAACAGCAUGGGAAUGAUUCUGACACCAAUGAGAAAAACGUAUUCCCUGACAAUACCAAUAAUCUUGAUUCCAUCGUACAACAUUGCAGUAACGAAAUUCUUGCUCGUGUUAAACAAGCACAAAAUAUUGGGAACAAAAAAGAUGAUCAAGGAUAUCAUCCAAACAUUCCCCCACAAUCACCACUUACACCAAAUAUUGCUAAUUCACCAAGUACGGAAAAAUUGCCAUCGCGAGUAGCUUUUGAUACAUUUACACGUAAUCAAUUAAUGGAUCAACAUGCACGACGCAGUAAUUUAGCAAAUCGAUCGAGUGGACGCAAAGUUUCUUCGAGCAAUAUAACCGCAACACUUUUAGAAGAUUCAUGUGAAGCGGAUCAGAAAUUAACAAUGGUUAAAUAUGUUGUUGGUGGUAGCACUGAUUUAGGAUUAGGCUGUGAAAGUGGCAACACAGCAAGUUCACUUGGACGUGGUGGAUGUUUAAGUGAAAAAUCAAGUGAUUCUGGUGUGAGUAGCAGUUCAUUAUCAUCAACAAAUCCUAGACAACAAUCAAAUAAAAUUGAUAGCCCCACACGUACAUUUGUUUCAUCAAAUAAUUGUCGAGCAUCACCUACGAAAGCUGGUGAUAUGAAAUAAUUGAAAAUGUUAAUUUUUUCGAAGAUUUUU